GUGGCGUCAUGUCUCGUUUACGCAGUAAACUCGUCUGUGUUGCAUUCUUUACAUUACAACUGAUUGAAAGCGUGUUGUCUAGCCAACAGGCGACUAAAGGAGCCACUGAGACCUGCCAGGCGUGUGGAGGAUGUGCCUAUGGACGUGACGGUCGCGACGGUAAAGACGGAGCAAGUGGACCACAAGGUCCAUCUGGAGCUCCAGGCCUUCCAGGGCCUCCAGGGGAGCCAGGCGGACUAGGAAAGAUGGGAAAAUCGGGCCCUCAAGGUCCUCCAGGUCGAGCAGAAAGCACUCAGCAUGUGGAUCGACGUCUAGUGGCAGCAUUGUCAAGAAUCGAGAGGCUUGAAACCGAAAUACAGAAGGGCGAUGAGAAGAAAACGUUUGGGUCUGGUAAGGAUGGUGCUCUGAAUAUCAAGAGAGAUAAUACACACAUUGUAGAGUGUUUUUAUGUCACUCUGUCAACAAUCAGAGCAGGAAGUCGAGUCGUCAGCGUCAGCAGUUGUUCAUUGUUGUCUCCAGGAAAUGAAAUAAUGUUUCAUUAAACGCAGCAUCCAGUCCAUCCUGGAGUCUAUGAAUUCUCUUACGUUUUGUCUUGUGCAUUGAACACUCUGAAACUGCGCAAUCCCUUGAAAAACUUGUAUGAAUCAGCUGUUUAUAGUGGCUCAAACCCAAAAGUUGUACAGUUUUCUGUUGUAUCUCAUUUCACUAACGUAACAGUAGCUGGUAGUCUCAAAGCUAUUGCCUGGGAUGGUCGUUGUGGUGGGAUUGUGGUUUUCCGGUCAAAUGGAAGUGUUUCUGUUGAUGAGACAGGCACCAUUUCUGUAAGAGGAAAGGGUUCUAGAGACUCUCCUCGAUUUGUAUCCAAUAGAGACUAUGUCCCUGGUUAUGUGAGUGAAUCAAGUAAAGUUGGUUACGCUGCAGUUCGGCAGUCAGCAGCUAUUGGAUCUGGAGGAGGAAGUGGAAAUGGUCAAGGAGGUGGUUAUGGGGGAGCUCAUCGCACUGUUGGUUCUGCUCCACAACGAGGAGGAUGUGACCUUGCAGCAGCAGGAG